AUUCGGUGCGGAGAGAGCGAUCUGCUGACUGCCUGGCAGUGCGUACUCGGUCUCGGUUCUCGCGCGACGUUUUAAAAAAUAAAACACCGCGUUCCUUUUUCGAAUCGCUGUCAAUUCGCGCGCCGUUUUUCGUAAAUAUUUUUCACGUCGCCAUUUUAUUUUUAGAUUAUUAUUUCUGAUUUCUAUCGUGUGUUUCUUGUAUUAAAAAUUUGAUUAAACGUGUUGAUUUUAAUAGAUUUUUUGUGUGAGUGUGUUAUACGAAAGUAAAAGGAGGUGAAACGUUGUUACAUUUUCGAUCACAAAAAAUGUGUUGCUAAACGAGAGAAGAAACCAAUUUUGUCAAGAUGGCCGUCUGCUCGGCCGCUGUGAUCGUGGAGAAGGCCAACAAAUACUAUGGCAGGCCUGACAAACCAGACUUCAAGCCUGUCCUUAAGGACAUGGACAUGGUCGUCGAUAGGGGAAUCAUAUACGGUCUUCUCGGACCUUCAGGGUGUGGUAAGACCACACUACUGUCCUGCAUAGUGGGCAGGAGGAAACUGGACAGUGGGAAUGUCUGGGUGCUGGGUGGAAGACCAGGGGAGAAGGGCAGCGGUGUACCAGGACCUAGGGUUGGGUAUAUGCCUCAGGACAUAGCACUAGUCGGAGAAUUCACAGUACGAGACGCGAUCUACUACUUCGGUCGCAUUUAUGGCAUGAAGAUGGAAAAGAUGAUGGAACGGUUUGAGUUCCUAUCCACCCUUCUAGACCUGCCCAGUGGAGGGAGGCUAAUAAAGACCUUAUCUGGAGGGCAACAGAGACGUGUUUCCCUUGCUGCUGCCCUGGUACAUGAACCUGAACUGCUAAUAUUGGAUGAGCCGACUGUUGGUCUGGAUCCUGUGCUUAGAGAACGGAUAUGGGACUUCCUAGCGGAGCAGGCGCGACGUGGAACCACCGUCAUCAUCACGACACAUUACAUAGACGAAACGAAACAAGCACACAAGAUCGGUCUACUCCGAGAUGGCCAACUCUUAGCGGAGGACUCCCCCGAGGAUCUACUGAGGAAGUUCGACUGCGACACUCUUGAGGAGGCGUUCUUGAAACUCGCGAUGAGACAACACGAGAUGCCUAGGAGGCGGUCCACCCUAACAGUGUCUCCGGACGUGAUCCCGGACAGCAGUAUGUGCACAGGAGUGGACACCCGCUACCACUCCCGAGACGACUUCCCCACCAUUACCAGUAGCACCGAUGUGCUCACAAAGAAAGACAAACCAAAAGGCAACAAGAAGUUAACGAAGUCCCGGUAUAAAGCUGUCUUCAUCAAGAGUAUACAGCAGUUCGCCAGGCAUCCUGGUGGUCUAAUAUUCUCGAUCCUGUUCCCGAUCAUCCAAGUGGUAGCAUUCUUCGCGGCGGUGGGCCACGACCCGCGGGAUCUACAGAUUGGAGUGGUCAACGAUGAAGCGGCUCUCUCACCAUUUGGCUUAAAGAUCUGCAGUAACACGAGUCUGGUGACGACGGUACUCCAGGAGGACGAGACGUGCGACCUCUACAUGCUCAGCUGUUGGUUCCUAGAGGAAAUGGAGAAAAAGAUGUUGUUCCCUACUGUAUUCAACUCCACGGAGGAAGCUCGCAAGGCCGUAGCUACAGGCAAGUUGUACGGCGCUUUGCACUUCUCCAGGAACUUCAGCGCGGCGCUGGGCAAGCGCGUGGCCGACGGAGAGGUCGACGACGACAUCGUGGAGGAUAGCAGCGUCAGCGUGUGGCUGGAUAUGACUAACCAUCAGAUCUCCAACUUCAUGAAGACUCAGCUCCACAAGGCGUACGAGAGCUUCACGCGACGCGCCAUGAUAGCGUGCGGCAGACCGGACAACUUAGUACAGAUACCAGUGCACUUCGAGAAACCAGUUUACGGUAAGAGUGAACCUCAAGUGGUCAGCUUCAUGGCGCCAGGAAUACUCAUCACCAUCAUUUACUUCUUGUCUGCGAUCGUGACAUCGACGCUGAUGAUCACGGACCGCCUGGAGGGAGUGUGGGAGAGGAGUGCGGUGGCCGGAGUCAAGCCCAAGGAAAUGUUGAACGUGCACAUCACACUGCAGUCUGCUGUUAUUUUGUUACAGACAAUAGAAAUGAUGGCACUAGCCUUCAUUGGCUACGGCAUCCCGUCAGUGGGCUCCAAGCUGGUAUGCGGCCUACUGCUGUUCUUACAGGGUAUAUGCGGCAUGUGCUACGGGUUCCUACUGUCCGUCUACUGCAAUAGCCACACCAUGUCCUUCUUCGUGGCUACCGGCAGCUUCUAUCCCAUGAUUCUGUUGUGUGGUAUCCUAUGGCCUCUAGAGGGAAUGUCAUACACACUCCGAAUGAUUUCCCUCACCCUCCCAUUCACGAUCCCCUCAAUAUCUCUCCGAGAUAUUAUGGAGAAAGGAGCCACCAUCAUGGACAAAUCAGUCAUCUACGGUUUCCUAACCACCAUCGCCUGGAUAGUCAUCACCCUAGCUUUAAUUUACCUACGGUUAAGGUUCAAGAAAACGUAGUAGUAUUUUUAUUAAAUUUUUGGACUUUAGUGGAUGAAAACACCAUGUAUUGUUGCCGAAAUUAGGUAUUUUUUUAUUACUUGUGUAAAAAAUUGCUGAUUCAUUAUUCGUGUUGGCAACACUAAUUUAACGAAUGGAACCCUUUUUUUUCUUAUAAAUUAAGUUAGGGCCUUGCUCAAAUAAAGUGCAAUUAAGGUAUCUAUGCUGUUAAAUAAUCUGUACACAAGGAAUAACAACAUAUCAAUCGAUUAACUAUGUAUAAAGAAAUAUCUAAAAUAUUAAACUGAUGUGCAUUACGUAGGUCUAGGAAGGUCGAUUCACACAGCCACAUAAUCGAUUUUUGACUGAUUUAUCGAUAUUUUGGUAGAUUUUGUAUGAUUGUGGGCGCUGCUAAACAAAAUGAUUUAUCAAUUACCUCUAUAUUAAUAACCAUUCCCAUCUUCGAGAGUUACUCUCGACAGUCCUAAUUUACUAUCGAAACCUCACGCGAUCUCUUAAAAUAUGUUUCAAAUUUUAGAAAUGGGAACGAAAAUUUACAUUUUUUGGUUGGAACUUCUAUUUAGUUUCUCCAGAUAUUGAAGAAUUUUAUCCAUGAUGGAGCCAUAAUAUAAAUAUAUUUAUAUUUUUUUUGUUUCUUCUCAUCUCAGAGGCGUGUAACUCGUAUUAAGCGCACUCUUUUACUACCAGCGCCUAUGAUGAUCACUCAAUCUAUUGGAAUCUAUAGUAUGUAUCUUCAAUCACCAAUGCUAGAUUAUUGCCAACAUUUUUUUACUGAAGUGUAGAAUCGACCAAUAAGCAAUAGGUUUAAAACCUAAAAAAUAAUUAUAAUUUCGGUUAAGUGGUAUAUAAAGUAGUUUAGUUAAAUUACGGGAACUUUCACAGUACCAAAAUUUAGUGAAAAUAGACAAUUUGGUUUUUUAUAUUGUGGAACGACCGAUCGGGUAGCUAUUAAUUAUUAUAUGACUUUGGGUUCUAAGUAUAUUGUGAUAAAUAUCUGCUAAAAUAUUCUGUAACUAGCAGUAUAUUACUGCUAGAAGGGAAAUCAUGACAUAAUGAUUAGACAAACUGUGUUUUAUGUAAUAAAGUGCUCAAAAGUUUAUAAUUUAGGAAAUUGUAUAAGAAUUGUACUAUGUAGACUUUUUUAUGAUUCAAUGUAGUCAAAACAUAGGAUACUGAAAUUAUACUAUGUAUUGUCAAUAUUUUUUGAAAAAUUUACAUUAUGUGUAAAAGUAAUACAGUAGGAAGGUACUUUUUACAGAAUGUGUAAUGUUGAAUUCGACGCAUUUGUCAAAUAAUUUUGUUAUGUUAAAAAUUGAAUAUUGUCUGGCACUUUCUAAGUGUUUAAUGGUCGCAUUUUUAUUUUAGUUUAGGUGUAAAUUAGAAUAUUUUGUUUAUCUUCUCGUUGAGAGAAUUGCCGAUGUGGUGACGUGAUACCAUGUGAUUUGGGAAAACUAUUUAUAAAAUAAAGAUUUUUUACAAAAA